AUGUUUUCACUUAUAAACACAUUUAUAUCGACGUUAUCACAAGAAUCGAAAAACACUUUAAUCACGCAUGAGAUCAAAAUCCCAGAAGUAGCAAAUUUAACAUUUGAUUAUCCAUCAUUCCUUCGUGUAAUAGACAUGCUUUGUAUAGAUUUAGCAGUAAAAGAUUGGUUUGCACACCCGAAUUAUGGUAAAAUUUCUUAUACUUCCACGCAAAUUAAAUUAUUACUUUCGAUCCUGACAACACAUUUAUUACAUAAUUCCUCUUUUAUAGAUACUUUAAAAAUAAGUCAUACUACUAUCAUUAAAACUACUGGUACCACUUCUGAUAUCAUCUUAGACAUUAUUCAUCAAAUUCCUAAAACUACUAAAAAUUGUUUCUCAAAUCUUAAAGAAUUUCAAUAUAAUUCUGAUACUCCUAUAAUGGAAGAUUUAUUUUUAAAACUCUCUCAAAUCACGAUUUCCAUUGAAAGGAUUUGUUUCACAAUUUAUAAAAACAUGACAAAUUCGGCUCUCACCUUAUUAAAAUCUCAAAGGAAUUUAAAAGAAUUAACCAUACAAUAUCAUAUCAUGUAUGAUAUCUUGAUAGAUCAAAAGGCUGUCUCAACAUUUUUAGACAAAUCAAAUAGUUUGACUCAUUUGACUUUAGAAAAAUUAUAUUUCCCCUUAAAUUAUUUGGAAAAUUUUAAAAUCUUACAAGAAUUAAGUUUAACGGAUUGUGGUUAUCAUGAUUAUAAUAUUAAAGAUUGGUUAUCCUUCUCCUUAAUCUCUUUACCAAAUUUAAAAAAGUUGGUUUAUAAAAAUCCAAAUCCCAUUUAUUUAGAUAUUUUUGCAAAAUUUAUUAGUAACACGAAUUUUAAUAAUCAUUUUGGUGGUAGUAAAUUAUCUCAAAUCAUUAUUCAAUGUUGUAAAUUUCAAAAUCCUGAUCAUUCCAAUUUACUCUUAUCUACUAUAUCAAGUAAUUGUCCUUUACUAUCAUUUUAUAGUGGUCCAAUUUCUUCGAAAAAUACUUUGGAAUUGUCUCAAUUAUUAAUUUCUUGCCCUUUUAUUAAAAAUUUAAGAUUACAUCCUCUGACAUCAAUUUGUUCCUUAAAUAAUCCAUUGAUAUCUGAUUCUGAACCUAAUCUUGCUCCUUUAAUUGUACCUGAAACUAGAUCUAGCUUUGAUCCUCUUUUAUUAGAAUUAUGUAAAGCACCUUUAUUACAUUUAGACACCCUUACAAUUGUUCAUGGUUGGAAGAUUCAUAGUAAUAUUUUUGAACACUUUUUAAAAAUUAGACAAAAGAAUGGAAAUAUUGAUGGUAUCUUACGAGGAUUCAAUUUUUAUUGGAAUAAUACGGUCGUGAUUGGAGAUUUAGUAAAGAUUUGUGAAGAAUAUCCAGACAUUAUUAAAUACGGAUCGCAAACAUCUACAAAUUCCGUCUUAACUAAUUUUAAACCAUCUUUUGAGUUAUCAAUCUCAUCUGGUUUGCCAACACCUACUUCCCAUAAAUUCAAUCUUUGA